AUAUAUAUAAAUAAAUAACUAAACAAGGCCAAGAACUUAGGGUUUUUCAUCUCCAGAAACUGGAGAUUCGGGUCUGGUUUUGUUUUUGUCCCACUGCAAUAACAUUAACACCAACAACAAAAAAUUAAUAUUAUGUGGAUUCCACCUGCUUCUAACAACCUCACAAGAAGAUAAAAAUGGUGCAUUUUUAAGAUUCACUUCCCCGAUCAUCACUGUUUUAGGUUAUAUUAUAACUUUAUCUUCUGCGCUUUGAAUGAAUUCAGGGUUUUUACAUCAGGUAUUUGAGCUUGAGGUUUGGAAUGAUACACUCACACACAUACUGUGAAAAAAAUUGGUGAAUGGGGGUUCAGACGAUGGGGUCUCAAGGUGGUAACAGUCAGCAUUCUCAGUUCCUGCCGUUAGCGAGGCAAGGAUCAUUGUACAAUCUUACGCUUGAUGAGGUUCAAAACCAGCUAGGAGACUUAGGAAAACCUUUAAGUAGCAUGAACCUAGAUGAGCUACUAAAGAAUGUGUGGACGGCCGAAGCCAAUCAGGGUGUAGGAAUGGAUGCGGAGAAUACAGCUCAAAAUGAACAGCAUGCUUCAGCUUCUGCUUUACAGCGUCAAGCGAGCCUUAACUUAACUAGGGCUCUUAGCAAGAAAACGGUCGAUGAGGUGUGGAAAGAUAUACAGCAAGGUCAGAAAAAUGAUACAGAAGAGUUGAAAGCUGCUCAGGAAAGACAACAAACUCUAGGUGAGAUGACACUGGAAGAUUUCUUGGUGAAAGCAGGGGUUGUCUCUGAAGGUCCAGGGGAUAAGAAAAAUGAAGGGGCUACUGGUAUAGGAGUUGAUUUAAUGGCAGCACCUCCUCAGAGUUUCACUCAGCAAGCUCCAUGGAUGCAGUACCAGGUCCCUGCAAUACAUCAACAUCAGCAGCAACAACAACAACAAAAUAUGAUGGAAAUUUUUGCUCCAGGUCGUCCAGUUCCGCAGCCUCUUGCUCUAGCUACAAGUCCAAUUUUGGAAGUCACCUAUUCUGACAACCAAAUGGCUUUGUCAUCUCCUAUAGCCUUGUCAGAUACACAAACACCUGGGCGAAAAAGGGUCGCCCCAGGAGGAGACAUGAUUGAGAAAACUGUAGAGAGAAGGCAGAAAAGGAUGAUUAAGAACAGGGAGUCUGCAGCCAGGUCACGAGCUAGGAAGCAGGCUUACACUAAUGAGCUGGAGAACAAGGUUUCGCGCCUGGAAGAGGAAAAUGAAAGGCUCAGGAAACAGAAGGAGCUGGAUACGAUAUUACCAUCUGCACCGCCGCCUGAGCAGAAUUAUCAGCUUCGAAGAACAAGCUCAGCCCCUUUCUAAACUGGACUUGUGUGUUCAUACAAAAUGUUCUUUACAGUAUAGGCAGACUGCACUGGUGUUGUUCCUUGAUAUUUUGCUUUAGAAAAUUCUUGGGAGCCUGACCCACAGUUUCUCAGCUUCUCGAACAACUUUUGGAGCUAUCUUUCUCAAGUUUGCAAGGGCGCCUUAGAAAUAUCUGAAACCUGCUGUUUAGAUUCUGUCCCUGCUAUUGAAUUGAGGCUUUGGUUGUAUGUACAUGUUCACUGCUCACUUAUUGUAGAACUCACAGAACAAUAGUUUUUUCAUUGUGUGCUAUUAGAUGUUUCUAAAUGUACGUCGCGGUUUUAUAUAUUGGUUAACGUUCUUGUUUCCUUAA